CUUAAUAGCCAAGAUGUCCGUGAGCUUGCGUCGGGAACACAAGAGUUGAAUAUUUCAAUUAUUCAACUAUGGACGAUGUAUAUGUCUGGGGUCACUAAUAAGUUGGGGCGUUCUGAUGAUUAUGGAUUCAUUGAUCCCCAAGACAUUCAUGAAUCAAAUGAUUUUGAUCAUAUCAACAUGAGAAUGAUAAGCAGUUUUCGAAGGGGCAAGAAAAUAUACUUUUUGCCUUAUAUAUCCGGGCGCCAUUGGCAACUUCUUGUUAUGUCUGUGCAAGACAACUAUGCUUUGUGGUUCUGCUCAUUGCACAGGCCUCCUCCCACACAACUCAGACAAGCAAUUGAUUGUUCUAUUCCAGCAAGUAUGAUGAUGGACGGGAGAUCAAUUGUUAAGAGUAGAAAGAUUGCUUGGAUUUCUCUCAAGUGUAACAGACAAAAUGGGUCAUAUGAGUGUGGAUACUAUGUAAUGUAUUGGAUGACCCAUAUUGUUCGUUCUCACAUCACAACAAGCUGGGAAACGAGAUUCAAGACUACUACACCAGUUCCUGAGAAGUCACUACUAUUCAUUAGGAACGCUGCUGCGAAGUAUAUAGUUAGAUUAUACAAUAGCUCUUAGAUUUAGAUUUAAACAAUGCAUUUGAUUAGAUAGAAUUUUCUUAGACUCUCUACUUUAUUUGAUGUUGAAAUACAUUUGAACAUGUGUUUGUUAUGUUGAAAUUGAAUUUCUGUAAAUGUUUUUAUAUGCAGGUCUGUUUUUGUGGUAGUGGAUAUCACAAAAACAGACCUGCAAUUUUAAAAAAUUGCAGGGGAA